AUGGAACAACAACAGUAAGAAUAAUUGUUAGAAGGUUUGUAAUCAGUAUCUGCAUCUCAGUAGAAUCUACGCCCCAAUUCGAGAAACUAAACCUUAUCUCAGCCUGAAAUUACAGCUAAAGCUGAGAUUCAAGCCUAAAAAAUACAGGUGGAUGACCAUAUUUUAAGUACUCUUGAUCAAGAAUUGAAUAGAGACUUGCAAAAAGUAGACUUGAGUCAUACUUAGAUCAAUCUAGAUUGGUUCUAAUUCCAAACAUCAAUAAGAAAACUGGUGAUUGAGUUGAUCGAACCAACUAUUAAGAGGACCUAUGAUGACCAUAUUCUAGUUCAAGACCUGAAUAUUGAUAACGAAAGAAUGAAGAAAAGAAUAGAAGAGUUUGAGUAUUAAACAAAUAAGUAACUGAAUAGAUGCGUAACAUUUGAUGAUCUUACUAAAAAGUAAUAUGAAAUUGACAAAGUAAGGACCAAGCUUGAUGAAAAAAUUUGGCAAGAGAUAUCAAAAUUAGUUAAUAGUGUGGACUAUAGUAAAUUCAAUGAGAGUUUAUCGAUGGAAAUUAAUGAAAUGGAGAGAACUGUAGACAAAAUGAAACUAGAUUUUCAUGAAGAACUUGUGAAGCAAAUCAAAUCUCAUGAUAAUGAAAUAAUGGUAAUAAAUAAUCAGCUUUAUUAAUAAGCUGAAAUGAUAUCAAAACAAAAAUACUCGCUUGAAAAUCACAGCAAUCACUUAAACUAGCAAACUUUAGACCUAUAAACUAUUAGUCUAAAAAUGGAAAAUGUAGAAUAUUAAGCUGGUGAAACUAUCGAAAAGUUAGCUAUUGAUGGUAAAAAUGAAAUAGAUAAAAAACUUCAUAACUUAAAGGAUGAAGUUUCAGAGGAAAUGAGAUUCCAUCUCAGUACAUUUAGAACAUAAAUUAUGAAAGAGUUAAUUGAGGAUUGGAAAGAAAAACCGCAAGGUUAUGAAGAGAUACUUAGCGAAUGGUUUAGAGACCCUAUUGAUUAUGAAUUAUCAUUUAAGAGACAGUAAAGCAUUCCAGAUGAGUUAUUACCUCCAGCUGUAUUCUAUUAAAGAAAAGAAAAUUGCAAGAGUUUAGAUGCAAUAAAAGUAGCUCAUAAUUUAUAUGAUUAGGCGACAAAUCUCAAUCUUGGUGGAAUGCAAUCACCAAUGGGUGAUAUCACCAGAUUUAAGGAAAGAAUAGUUCAAGAUCUUAAGCUCAACAAACCCCAAGAAUAAUAGGAGUAAUAGGAGCAAUAAGAAUAGUAGGAGUAAUAGGAGCUAGGGGAGCUGUAGGAAUUAUAGUAACUAUAGGAUCAGGAAGUGCUAUAGCUUCCAUAGGCUCCAAAUAGUAAUAAUCCUCCAGGGGGUAAGCAGAGUUAAUAAGAGAUAUAUUAAUCUAAUUACUAGUAAAGUUUGGGCUAAACUCUUAAUGGAUAGGACUCAAGAAUGUCAAGAGUCAACAAAAACAAGAAGCAAGUUUUUUCAUUGGAUUAGAUAUGGAAGUAUAUCAAAUCAUAAAUGCCAUUUUAUUUUGAGCACAAUAAUGAAAUCAUGUCUAAAAUUAAAUAUCGCAUGAACAAUCCUUCUGAAAUUAACCAACUCUUUGAGUUCAUGGAGAAAGAUCACAAAAAGCCUACAAAGAAUGACUUUGAUGAGCUUGAUAAGAUCAUUGAAACUUAAGAUUUUCCACAAAAUGAUUAAGAGUAUGUUAAGAAUUAAGAUGCUUUUGUAGCUUCUAUUAACUAGGGAGCAAAUGUUUUUGGAAAGAACUCAGUGUUUGAUGAAUCAAAUAAAGAUUCACCAAAAGCCAGCUUCAAUAAUAAAAACCUAAAUCAACUUGUAUUCAACAAUGGAAUGCCAUCAUUUGAAAAUCCAUUUAAAAAUCCUAUUCCAAGCUAAAUCACUCCAAUGAAAAUUAAUAAAAAGAAGUCCAAUUUAGGAAUUAAUCCAAAUGGAAGACCUGAUAGCUUUGGGGGCAAGAAUGAUGGGAGUGGCACAGAAAGUUUAACUAGAAUUCAAAAUGAGAUAAAAUCUGCUCUUGCACCUAUCUAAACAUAACUAAAUUAUUUACAGGACAAGUUAAUAAGAGGUAAUACUAAAUCUCCAAAGGAUAUGCAAUCCAAGAGCAACCAUGAAAAUUCUGCCUCUUAAAUUGAUGAUAAAAAGUUAAAUUAGACUAUUGAUGAAGUUAAGAUUGAUAUGAUAAGAAGGGAUGAAAUCUUGAAAAAUCAGUUUUUAGAUGAAAUAAAAACACAAGUCAUAGAAUUAAAGAAUUAGCUGUCCUUAGAUAUUUAGUAAAAUUUGAGUAAUUAUGAUACCAAAAUUGAAAAUUCAGGGAAAUCUAUUAUAGAAUUAUUGAAAAAGUCUUCAGGAGGAUCUGGAGGCGGUGGUGGAGACUACUAAGUAGAAUUAAUGAUUUUACAGGCAAAGUAAGAUAUUAAGGAUGAAAUAGGAUUAGAGAAUCACGGAAUGCAAACUAGAAUUAUAAACUAGCUAACUAGUGAUUUAAAUAAGGAGAUAAAGAACUCAUUAAAAACCUGGGGUGAGAAUUUCUAAAAAGAUGUGAACUUUGAGAUACAAUAGCAAGUUAAGGAUGUAAGGUAUAAGACCAUGCAAAUCGAAGAAAAACUGGGCUUCUAGGAUAGCAAGAUUUUAACAAUAAAUAAGGAAAUUGAGUUUCAAAGAGUGAAGAGUGAAUAGGAUAUGGUUAGAAUUAACAAUCAAAGUCACACAUCUUAUCAACAAUCAAAAAGAGAUGAAUCUUCACAAUAGAAUUUGAAUCAAUACUAAAACUAACCUCAUACAAGAAAUAUACUUGCAAACUUAGAAAUGAGUCAACUAGAUGAUCACAAUUUUAAUGUUCGCAAUGAGAUCAAUAGAAUAGAUAAUAAUAUGGACAGCAUAAAUAUGAUAUUCCGAUCAGAGAUCGAGAGAAUUACUAACUCUUUAAAUUCUUAAGGUUUGAAGAUAGAGUCUGUUCGCUAGUCUACCUCAAGCAUGAGCAACGAAAUAAAGCAUGCAUAGAGACAACUGCAUACAAUCACAUCAUAGGAGAGAAGUGAAAUGUCUAAGAGUGUGAUUAAGGAAAGAAGACAAACUGAGGAGGAUUCGGAGGAAGAGGAUGACGAUAAUGAUGACGAACUAAGGCAUGAUGAAUAUGAUGAGAGCAAAGAAAGAGAGAGUGAUAUGAGAUACGCCAAGAUUGAUAUGACUGAAAUCAACAAUAUAAAGGAGUAAAUUUAAGUUCUUGAAAAUCAAAUCAAGGAGAUUACUAACCUAUUGAAUUCUCAUGAUCAAUAAUUGAGCCUCCUAGAUGCUCAGAAUCUCAGAAUAUACAUAGGCUAAUGCGUUUAAUAGGCUUUGCCUCAAAGGGAAUUGGUAAGGAUUGAUAGAUAAAUUAAGGGCUUUGAGAAGGAUAUGAAAGAGUCACUCAAUUAAUAAGAUGAGAAGAUGAAAGUCCUUGAGAAUUUGGAAUCUCAACUUGAAAGUGCAAUAAAAAGAACUGCUAGAGAUAAGACUGACUAUCUCCUCCAAAUGAGAGCAUUGCAGCAAAAUACUGAAAAACAGAUAUCAUAAUUUAAAGAAUAAAUAUCAGAUCAUUAAGUUCACCUGGAUCUAGUAAAAUCCUAAACCUUAGACGGACUCCUGCCAUAACUUGUGGAAAGUGGCGAUCAUCAUCCAUUGAAUCACUUAGUGAAAAGAGAUAAUAGCAGAGAGCACACCUUAACAAAUGAUAAUGAACUCCGUGAUACUAUCUAAAACGAACUUAACAGGGAUAGCAUACAGACAAUGAAGAGCAAGGAUAAGUUUAACUUGUUCCUUCCAGCAGUCAACAAGCCUUCUUAAAUAUAGCUUAAUCACACAUUUAAGCCUAAGAAAAAUAGCAAGAGAGGGGGAUCUAGUAGUGAGAUAAUACCUGAUUUCAGUCAAAAUAACAGCCAGAUUAAUCUUGGAUCAGUUAGAAACCUUGCAAACGGAAUUGAUAAGGAUAGAUUUAAAAAGAAUAUCUCUAACAACAUCACGAAGACCCUUUUAAAUCAAAAUCCACUCCACAACUACUCUUAGAUCCUAGAUCCCAAUAUCAUGCUUAAGGCUGCCAAUUAGAAGCAAAAUGCUUCACUUGAUCUAUCUCAGAUUAACAUAAGUAUUAUUUCUAAAGACCACAAGGAUAAGGAAAAAGAAAAGAUGCCAUCACUUAAAGCUGCUCUUAUACAACAAAAUAACUCUACCAAUUCAUCCUUAGUUUAAAUUAACACUGGAGUUAUAAAUUGGGAAAAUGUUAAGAUUAGAGAUUCUAAUAGGGCACUUAGUCAGCUUCAUCCUACCUAAACUCAAAAUAGACUUAAUGCUACUCAUUAUAAUUCAGAACAUCCAAGUCCUCUAAGACUAUAAGCACUAAUUGGCUAAACACCAAGAGAUAAAGCUUCAAUUCUAAGUUAAAAACAAUACAAGAAAAUUGAUAGGUUCAAUGCUCAUCUUUUCCAGCCAGAAGAAUAAUGA